CUUCAGUCGUUCGCUGGCAGCGUGGUUGACAACAUUGUCAAAGCUCGUCCGUCGUGUUUCACAAUAAUUUUUACGUGACUACGUGCGGAGUCAAAUUCACGCGUAUGACGUGAUACGAGUGUUAACUAAGUGUCGUGAUCAAGUGAUUUAAAAAAUUGUCGAUGUGUGAGUGAGUGAGAGUGAUAGAAUUCUGCUAGAUGUCUAAAGAACAUUAUACUUUAUACAACCAGGAUACAUUAGGUUGCUUUUUAAACCAAAAAGACUGAAAUUUGGUGCCAAGUUCUGAGAUACAUUGAACAUUCCUUUGAAGCCCUCAGACUAAUACAUACGUUAUGCUGUGACAUAUUGUGCUAUCAUCAUACAUUAACACUGAUACCAUUCUGUGAAAUCGAAUACAUAAUACAUAAACUCCUGUGAUAGGUAGAUACAUCCCAUUCACAAUCAAAUGUGAAAUUCAAGAGUGUGGACUUGUUAAUCCAAGAAAUCAAGACUGAUAACAAUCAAAAUUUUUGUGUGAAAUUCAAAAGUUUGUUGAACAAUCUUGGUGCAAUUUACCUCCAACUCGCAUCAAUUGUAUUUAAUUACAAUUAAGCUUCUCUUUCAAUUCGUCUGCAAACGUCUGAAGAAACGCUUCGUGUGGCUUGGGCCCAAAUGUAACCAUAUAUUUUUGUUCAGUGAAAUUGGGAAGUGUAGACAAGAGAAGCCACAUCUGGCUAAAUAAAUCUCUGGAUAUUAUUAACAAUUUUCACGUCAAGUUUAUUCAGAAGUGUUGAAGCUAAGAACGACGCCAAAUCUGGUUGGUUUAUUUGGAUACUAAUCAUAAUUUUUUAGUGUUUUUAUCAGUGUGAAAGUUGCGUAUCAAAAGUGUGGAAACGUAACUGUACAGUUACGUUGCGUAUCAAAAGUGUAGACACGUAACCGUUGCGUAUCAAAAAGUGUUGAUACGUAACCUUUGCGGUUACGUUGCGUAUCAAAGUGUUGUCACGUAACCGUUGCGGUUACGUUGCGUUGGAAUAGUGUGCGGUUCAUGCGGAGGUGGAUGCUGGAGGCUGAGACCGCGCGGAAAACGCGCGUUUUUUGACGAGGAUGGGCUAAACGCUAGCGGCGGCAUAUACACGCAACGCAUGUCGCCGUGUAACCGCGAGCGGGUGGCGGUUACGCCGCGUGCUGUCGCGGUCACUGUGAUUGUAGCCGACAGGGGCGCUACGGGCGGCAAGCGGUUUGUGGCCGCGUCGCAGACGCAGACGCCGCCGCUAAGGACGGGCGGACGUAACACUCUGUCGGCGGUCAGGCGGUUUUUGCGCUGGUUUGCACGCUUGGGACAGCGGACUGUCGGAAAGCCAGGUAUCCUGGAGAUGACGACAGCAGCGGAGAGCAGCAUUCAGUUCAGCGGGCACACGCUGGACAAAGCAACCAAAGCCAAGGUGACGCUCGAGAACUACUACAGCAACCUCAUCGCUCAGCAUGUCGAGAGGAAGCAGAGACUGGCGAAGUUGGAGGAGUCGCUGAAGGACGAAGGCCUCUCGGAGGCACAGAAGCAGGAGAAGCGGCAACUGCAUGCGCAGAAGGAGACAGAGUUCCUGCGACUGAAGCGGUCGCGACUCGGUGUCGACGACUUUGAGCCCUUGAAGGUCAUCGGGCGCGGCGCUUUUGGCGAGGUGCGACUGGUGCAGAAGAAAGACACAGGACACGUGUACGCGAUGAAGAUCCUGCGCAAGGCGGACAUGUUGGAAAAAGAGCAGGUGGCGCAUGUGCGUGCGGAGAGAGACGUGUUAGUGGAGGCCGACCAUCAGUGGGUUGUCAAAAUGUACUACAGCUUUCAGGACACGAUAAACCUGUACCUGAUAAUGGAGUUCUUGCCGGGCGGGGACAUGAUGACCCUGCUGAUGAAGAAGGACACACUGAGCGAGGAGUGCACCCAGUUCUACAUCGCCGAGACUGCGCUCGCCAUUGAUUCCAUCCACAAGCUCGGAUUCAUUCACAGGGAUAUAAAGCCGGAUAACCUAUUGUUGGACGCUAGAGGGCACAUAAAGCUGUCCGAUUUCGGCCUAUGCACGGGUCUCAAGAAAUCCCACCGAACCGACUUCUACCGGGAUCUCAGUCAAGCCAAACCAUCCGAUUUCACAUCCAGUCCAAUGGACAGCAAACGACGUGCGGAGAGCUGGAAGAAGAACCGACGGGCGCUGGCCUACAGCACGGUGGGCACACCCGACUACAUCGCUCCCGAGGUCUUCCUGCAGACCGGCUACGGCCCCGCCUGCGACUGGUGGAGCCUCGGCGUCAUCAUGUACGAAAUGUUGAUUGGCUACCCGCCGUUCUGCAGCGAGAACCCUCAGGAGACAUAUAGGAAGGUGAUGUCGUGGCGCGACACGCUGACAUUUCCGCCCGAGGUGCCCAUCUCAGAGGAGGCCAAAGAGGCCAUGGCAAGGUUCUGCUGUGAGGCGGAGCGCAGGCUUGGAGGCGCCCGCGGCGUAGAAGAGGUGCGCGCGCAGGUGCCGUUCUUCAGAGGCGUGGACUGGGAGCACAUCCGUGAGCGGCCGGCCGCCAUUCCGGUCGACGUCCGAUCCAUAGACGACACAUCCAAUUUCGACGACUUCCCCGACGUCAAGCUCGAAAUACCUGCACCCCCACAACCUCAAGACGGCGAGGUUAUCUACAAGGAUUGGGUGUUCAUCAACUACACGUUCAAGCGAUUCGAAGGUCUCACACAGCGAGGCACCCCUACCAAAAAGUAACACUCUCUUUCUCUCUUUCCCUCUCUCAUUCCCUCUCUCAUCACCACCCCCGCCCCCACAUACCCCCUCACGCCCUUCAACUCUCUUACGAUUGUGUAACUAUGAUUUGAUACGUUUAGCCUUCCUAAACUUAACAGUUUUUUUUCUAUUUGUAAUAUUCAUCUCCAAACCAGUUUUUUCCUAUUUAUAAUAUUCCUCUCCGAAAGAGAUGCUCUACCUUCCACCUUGUAACUAUGAUUUGAAAAUCUUUAAAGGUCAAAAUUUAUGUAGGAAACAAAAACUCUGUCUUUCUUAGUAGUAUCUUGAAACUAUUAUUUGAGUUGAAAUAAAUCAGCGAUAAUAAUAAUAAUAAUAAUAAUCAUCACUCUAAAUAGAAAAAAAGCUCAAGAUAUUAACUAACUCUUAAAGUUUUGGCUUGUAAAAGGUACUUAUUGCUUGAUCUAUAUGAAUGUGUGUGUACAUAGAAGAAUAUCGAGGUUUUUAUUUUGUUUGAAUUGAGUUUACGGUGAGUAAUUGAACUCUUUUAAUCUAAUUUGUAACGGAUGUGUCCGUUUGAUAUCUAUGGAACGAGUUAUCAAUGUUUUAAUGAUUUGGGGAAUUAUUUAUGGGGUAAAUAUUGAGAAGAUAUCAAUCUUUUAAAUUGUUCAUUGUAAUUAAUGUUGAGUUUUAUUUUACUUUUGAAGAAAUGAAUAUCAAUGCGUAGGCGCCUACAGGGGUGAAUAUUCGAGAAACAGUAUUAAACUGUUUUGGGAAGUGAAUCGGAAUUAAUAGUUUUUGGAUGAUUCAGUGAAAUAUAAUAUUUGAUUAUAUCAAUACAUUAUUGAUAAUAUUCUUCUUGCAUAUUUAUUCAUUUUUGCAAUGAAAUUUUAAUUCAAUUCAUCAUUAUUAAUAUAUGUAUAUUUGUGAUGAUUUCCCUCCAGGCAAUUGGUGGAAUAUUCAAACGAUUAUGAAACUGAAAUAUGGAAGUAACAGAGAAAUAAUAUAAUAAAGAAGAAGAAGAAGCUUUUACAUUGCAUAACAGUGGUAUCGCGAUUGAUUUGUAAUUUUUGUUCAAAAAUACUUCAAUCAUUGAAAUGAAUAAAAUGCUGAUAAAGCUUGAAGGAAAAAAGAAAUGACAAGUAAGUGCUCUAAGAAAAUAUCAAAUUUUUCAAAUGUAUUGGAAUAAAUAAAUUUUCUAAUUUUAUUUAUUGUUUGUCAUGAACGGUUUAUUAAUUUGAAACAAAAUUGGAAGAAUGUAGUUGUCAAUAAUUAUUCAAUUUGAGUAUUGGAAAUUGCAAAACACGUGACUCCAAUCUACUGAUUAUCCGUUUUGCAAAUAAUUUAACGGUUUUGUAUUUUAUUUGUGUUUUUAAUACUACUAGAAAAUUUUGCUGAAAAAAAUAUUGAUGAAACGGCAAAUAAUAAAUAUAUUUAUCAAUUUGGACAAGCAUAGUUUUCAUAGAAACUAUUUAAAUCAUAACAUCCAAUAGAAGAUUUAACUUUGAAAAUGCUACAAUGACCUACUGAGGAGUAGUAGGCUGUAUAAUGCGUGAUAUAGACCACAAUUUUAAUAGUUUAUUAUUUUUAGUUGAAAAUUUCUAGAUUUUAAAUUACAAAACUAAAUCUGUAAUUGAAUAAUGGUUAAUUCAUUUAAUCAAUCCUAUUUUUGUCUGUAAAUACGACAUAUACAUUACUUUUUCUGAUUCAAACUUACAUAAAGUCUCCGAUAUUCUUUAUUUACACUCAAUUUAUCAUAACAUUAGAAACCAAGGAUUGUAGAAUUGUAUGCAGUCUGUUAAUCAGUAGUAAAUUAGUCCUUCUAGCCAAAACUAUCUGUUACUAUGCCUAAAAAUAAAGAAAAUCUAGCAUAUAAUAAGCAUUUUCACUGAAAAUAAAUCUGUUUCUCUUUUGUAUUUCAAAUUUUUUUCUUUAGGAUUUUCAAAAUGGUUUUACUACUAUUUGGAAAAAUUUGAAUAUUCAUUCAAUUUGUGUCAGACCAGUUUAAAAAUUGAAUUAAAUUGCAUGUAAAGUUGAGUUACAUUGACAAAGAGAAUUUAAUCGUAGUGAGAAAUCAUUCAUAAAUUUGAGAAGAUUACUUUUGAAAAUGCACUAUUCUAAACGAGUAAUGCUAAAAAUAGAAUUCAAUCUAAGAUUUGUUUUGUUUCUAUAAGUUUGAAGUUAUGUUAAAGUUUCGCUGAAUUUCAUCUCUUAGUAUAGAAAAGUAGUUGAUUUAUGAAAGAAAUAAUUUGUUUUUUGUAGGAAAAUUUGUAUUUUUGUUGUUUUAUUAUACAUUUCAAAGAAAUUUUAGUUUGAUAAUUUUAUGAAAAUUAAGGGCUGUAUCUAAUAUAAACGAUACCGGAAUUCAAAAUCUUAAAUCUAGAUUACAGAGACGAAUCCGAACAAUUACAGUGUUUGCUUUCUAGAUAACCAAUUGCUUACAGUUUUUCUAAUUGCCUAGUAUAUACGUGUUUUUAGUCUUUUUAUUGAGCUGUUUUUUUAAUAAUUGACCCCCAGGGAUGGGUAGUUAUUGAAUUAUUUAUUGUAUUCACCAUAUAAAUCAUUGCAAAAAAUAUAUUUUAGAAAAUAAUUUCUAUUUAUCAGUUUAUUUGAAAGAUUAUUGUAAGCUAUCGUGAACAAUAUUUAUUUCAGAAUAUUUAUUAUCUAAAAAUAUGUUGAUAUUUCUAAGCUUGAAGAACAAUUUCAAUUUUCUGAAAUCUACCCACGAUUCUAUUCUCUCGAUUUCAACCCUGAUGAAUUUUGAAUCUAUCCUGUAAUGUUCACUAUUCAAUAAAAUUGUCUGAAUCAAUAUGAUUGAAAAUUUGAAGAUAGUGUUUAAGAUUCAAGCUAAGAAUCGAGCAGUAUUAAAUUGUAUUUGUAAAUUAUAUUUAUAUAGCGCAUGCAAAUUGUUAUUUUUUUGUAUUUUUCUAUAAUAUAUUAGGGGUGGUAUUUUUCUGAAAAGUAACAACUCUCCUCAUCAUUGAAUUUCUCUAAGAAAUUACUUUAUUACUAAGAAUUCAUCAAAUUUAAAUCUUUAAGAUCACAUUAUUAAAUUUUAAUAAUCAUAUCAUACUUGUCUAUUGCUAAUUUUUGCGGUCUACAACAUUUUGAAUGUUGAAUUAAUUUUUAUACUUCUAGUUCUAACCAAAUAUAAUUUCAGUUUCAUUUAAUGAAAACUGGAACAUCCAUGAUAUUCAUUAUUCAGGCUAUUCUUAUUCAAUUGUUUUUACUAGGGAUAACCUGUUGUUAAGGAUAACUGUAAUCUGACAUAAUUUAAUUACUAUUUAUUAUUUUCAGAAGUCAGUUUGAGGAAUACCUCUAGGAUAUCACUAAGAAAUUAAGAUUUUCCUUCAUCAUUGCAGUUCAAAUAACGUUUACAUUCUAUUGAUUACCAUAAAAUGAUCAGAUUUAAUUUUGCAAACUUUAAUUGUUCUUUAAUCUCACGAUCUCUGUUAUUUUAUUAAUUUGUUAGUGGUUUGCUCUCUUAUGAGUUGGCUUAUCAAGUUCCUAAUUUAAGACGAAAAGGAACUCUUGUGUAUUAUACUAUUUUUAUUGGUUUAAUUGUUGUUAUUACUAUUGUGUUAUAUUUUUUUCUAGGGAAAUAAUAAUAAUCGAUGAUAAUAAUAGUUGAGAACUCAGAUGAAUAACAAUAGUUUCAUUAUUUUCUAUUUAUUAUCAUUAUUUUGUAUUGUUGUAAAGCUUGAUAUUGUAAAUUUAGAAUGGAUUUUGAUUUUUGUAAAUAUAGUCUUAUGAAGAUUGUUAUACAUAGGUACUCAUAGUUGAUUUGCUGCAGGAAGCAUCUUAAAACGGUUGGAUUUGUAAUGAAGUAUUUAGUUUACUGAUAUAUCAGUAUACAGAUGUACUGUAUAUUCAAAAAAUGUGGGUAACUGAUGUUUUUGGAGCGUCGAUUGCUAUUAUUUUGCAGUUAGUGAAUGAUGAGAUCUACACUAUAAACUGAACGGAUUUCGACUCUUGUAAAUUAUGUUUUAUUGUUGAUGUAGUUUUCUGGGUGUGUAAGUGCGUGCGUGUGACCGUUUUACUACUACAUCGAUCGAUGAUGAAUUAUUGAAUGCUGAUAAUGUAAAUAGGAGGCGUGCUGCAGAUAAAAUUAAUAAAUUACUAUUCUUCAGAAUUGUAAUUGGUUAUAAAUAUUAUAUAUUUUCAAUGAUAUAUUGAUGAAGCCUUUAUAUAGAAGAGGUGUAAAUGUUAUCAAGAUUAUUCUGUGAUAAUAAACGAUUGAACCUAAUAAAA